AUGGAUAAGGAGAAGAAGACUGCAGGACGCCAAUCAAUUCCUAUGGAAAGAAUAGAAAACCCAGAGGAUCGCUACACUACAUUCUCUAAGCGCCGGUCGGGGUUAUAUAAGAAAGCAAAUAAUUUGGUUGAAGAAUGUGGCGUAGAUAUAGGAAUAGCUCUUUUUUCGCCGGCUGGUAAUCCAUUUUCUUUUUUUCACCCAACGCCUAAUCUAAUCUUAGAUCCAGUUGAGAAUCCUAACAUAGAAUUGAGCGAAAGUACAAAACUUGUUGCUGCAUAUGCACGAAAUAAUGUAAACCAAACCAACAGUAGGAUUAAUGAGAUUGAGACAAUAGAAGAGGGUGUAAAAAGUCAAAUGCUUUUACUUGAACAACUGAACAAAACUAGACAGAUAGAUUCGUAUAAAUGCAUUGACCAGUUCAAAGCAGAUGAUAUAAUCAAAUAUGAAGCUUGGUUACAGAGCGUUGUCUUUGGAUUGGAAAAUCAUUUAAAACAGUUAGGGAAUGGAGCUUCAUCCUCCUCAGAAGCACCUUCGGAUAAUGCAGAUAACUCGCCUAGCGCUUCAAAUGAAUAA